AACGGCUUCACCCCCAAGUGUGAAAUCACAGGCAAAGAUGCCCUCUCGGCGCUGGCCCGGGCCAGCAGCAAGCAGUGCCAACAGGAGAUCGCCAACGUGGUGUGUCUGCACCGGGCCGGCAGCCUCAUGCCCCAGUCCGUGCCUCGCCACUGCCAGCUCUCGGGCAAGGUCAGCCCCGUCAUCCAGUGGGAUGAGAGCCGGCCGCAGCAGGUGCCCCCCAGCAAGCCCGUGCGCAUCGCCUACAUGCUGGUCGUGCACGGCAGGGCCAUUCGCCAGCUGAAGCGGCUCAUCAAGGCCGUGUACCACCAGCAGCACUUCUUCUACAUCCACGUCGACAAGCGCUCCAACUACCUCCAUCGCGAGGCGGUGGAGCUGGCCCGGCACUACCCCAACAUCCGCGUGACGCCCUGGCGCAUGGUGACCAUCUGGGGAGGUGCCAGCCUGCUGAAGAUGUACCUGCGCAGCAUGAAGGACCUGCUGGAACUGGACGAGUGGCCCUGGGACUUCUUCAUCAACCUGAGUGCCACCGACUACCCAACAAGGACCAACGAGGAGCUGGUGAUGUUCCUGUCCAAAUACCGAGAUAAGAACUUCCUGAAGUCUCAUGGCCGAGACAACGCCAGGUUUAUCAAGAAGCAGGGCCUGGACCGCCUGUUCCACGAGUGUGACUCCCACAUGUGGCGGCUGGGCGAGCGCCACAUCCCCGAGGGCAUCGUGGUGGACGGGGGCUCCGACUGGUUCUCGCUGACGCGCAGCUUCGUGGAGUACGUGGUGUAUGCUGAGGACCAGCUGGUGUCCCAGCUGCGCCAGUUCUACACCUACACGCUCCUGCCGGCCGAGUCAUUCUUCCACACGGUCCUGGAGAACAGUCAUGCCUGUGAGACACUGGUCGAUAACAACCUCCGAGUGACCAACUGGAACCGGAAGCUUGGCUGCAAGUGCCAAUAUAAACACAUAGUCGACUGGUGCGGGUGCUCCCCAAAUGACUUCAAACCCCAGGACUUCCUCCGGCUACAGCAACUCUCCAGACCCACCUUCUUCGCCCGCAAGUUUGAGUCGACGGUGAACCAGGAGGUGCUGGAGAUCCUGGACACGCACCUCUACGGCAGCUACCCGCCCAACACGCCGGCCCUGAAGGCCUACUGGGAGAACGUCUACGACCGCGUCGACGGCCUCGGUGGCCUCAGCGAUGUCACCCUCACCUUCUACACAGCCUUCUCCAGGCUGGGGCUCCGCAAAGCCGCGGCCGCGCCGGGAGCGAAGCCCGACAAGCUCUGCAGAUUUGAGCCCCGGGGCUUCCCAUCCAGUGUGCACUUAUAUUUCUAUGACGACCGUUUCCAGGGUUACCUGGUGAUGCAGGAAGUGCAGAAUUUGGCAACCGGGCAGGCAGAGUCCCUGGAGGUGUGGAUGAUGCCCCAAGGAGCUCUGAAGCUGGCGGGUCAUGGAGGGCAGGCAAACCGCUUACAAAACCUUGAGGUGGGCACAGAGUGGGACCCCAAGGAAAGACUCUUCCGCAAUUUUGGAGGCUUGAUGGGGCCUUUCGACGAGCCAGUGGCUAUGCAGAAGUGGUCACGGGGCCCCAACCUGACGGCCACGGUGGUGUGGAUCGACCCCACCUAUGUCAUCGCCACCUCCUACGACAUCACGGUGGAUGCUGAGGCAGAGUUCACCCAGUACAAGCCCCCCCUGAACCGGCCCAUGCGCCCUGGCGUCUGGACCAUCCGCCUCCUCCAGUUCUGGGAGCCCCUCGGGGAGACCCAAUUCCUGGUGGUGCCCCAGACCUUCAACCGCAAGCAGCCGCUCAGGAAAGACGACAGCAACUGGCUUCACGGCGGCCCCCCCCGCAACGAGUACAUGGAGCAGAGCUUCCAGGGUCUGGGGGGGAUCCUCAACCUGCCGCGCUCCGAGGAGGCGGAGGAGGAGGCCGUGCGGAAGGCGCAGCUGACGGGCAGGGAGCUGGAGGACUGGGCGGACGGAGCCAUCGGCGACUUCUGGUCCGCGGCAGAUGUCUGCGGGGUUGGCCCGGCCCCCU